AUGGAGCAGAAUGUGAUAGCUCCUGGUGGGCUACUGAUGUCCCCGUCCCGCCUCCUCCUUGCUCCAGCACUAGUGCCAGGACACAUGGCUAAGGCCAUGGAGAGAAGUGCCAAGCGCCCAAGAGUCGAUGGGACUCUCCCAUCAGAUGACUCUCAGAACUGUGACCCUGUUACCCCUGAAGACAACCCAGCAGAUGAUAUCAGUGAGUUGGGCAGCUGUUCCUCAGGAUCAGAUGUGCAAGAGGCCAGGGAAUCUGUUGAGAAGAGGAUACAAGAUGUCAAAGGUGACAUUGCCCGGUUCCUAAUGGCAAAGAAGAAGCAGUUUAAAAAGGACAUAAAUGCCUCUUUCAGAAGCCUGAAUGAAAACCUCCAGAGUAUUUUCCAAACCCAGCAGAAGUCUAGGCAGGAGCAUCACUCCAACUACUCCGAGAUGUGUGGGCCCAUCUACCAGAAGUGGCUGGAGGACAUGGAGAGAGCAAGGGAGCAGGAGGAACAGCUUGCUCUUAUAACACAGCACCAAAUGGAGAUUUUGGAGACUGUUCUAGAUUAUCAUGAAACCAAGCUUGAAAACUCUAAGGAGAUAUGUGACACGUUUUUGAAGAAAGCCAAGGACUUGAGUGAACAUCGCCAAACUUUUAUUGGUGGUGGAGAAAGCGAAGUAGAGAAGGAAAUCUCCAAGGCGCAGGACAGAGUCCUCAUGGAAACCCAAGAGCAAGAUGUGUCCCUUGUUGAAACCUACCUUCAGUCCCUGAUUCUUGACCGCUCUGAAGAAACCAUCUGA